CACGCACUUUGCAUCAAUUCUAAUUUCUACACUACAGCAAAACAGUUACGCUUUUUCAUCCAUCAGCAAAACUCCUUAUUCUUACCCCAACACAAACACACUGUAACCCACUUUUUAAUAGACUAGCCGCAAAAGAUGGGUUGUGGAAUGAGCCAGGAGGACCAAGAGAUGCGUCGUAAGAACGAUGAAAUCGACCAGGCACUCAAAAAGGAAAAGGCCAAUCUAAAGAACGAGGUCAAGAUGCUGUUGCUGGGUGCUGGUGAAUCUGGCAAAAGCACCAUUUUGAAACAGAUGACACUGAUUCAUGGAAGUGGAUACAGUCAGCAAGAAAAAGAGGCAUUUAAAGAAAUCAUCUUUUCCAAUACUGCACAGUCGCUUCGUGUUAUUCUAGAGGCAAUGCAAAACAUGAACAUCGGGCUAGAGAUUCCAGCAAACGAGCAACAUAGAGCCAUUAUAUUUGAUCUCCCGAAUCAAAUCGAGGCCGAAGAUCUUCCCUCUGAAGUCACAACUGCUGUCAAGAAUUUAUGGACUGAUGGAGGUGUUCAAACAUGCUUUUCUCGUUCUAGAGAAUAUCAACUCAACGACUCUGCAAAAUACUACUUUGAGUCUAUUGACCGAAUUGGUGCUCCUGGAUACAUGCCCACAGAACAAGAUGUGCUUCGAUCUCGUGUCAAGACCACAGGUAUUACUGAGACUACGUUCCGUGUCGGAGAACUUACAUACCGCAUGUUUGAUGUUGGUGGUCAACGAUCUGAACGAAAGAAGUGGAUCCAUUGCUUUGAAAAUGUGACUGCUAUUGUGUUUCUGGUUGCCAUUUCUGAAUAUGAUCAGGUCCUGGUAGAAGACGAGACCGUCAACCGUAUGCAGGAAGCCUUGACACUGUUUGACUCGAUCUGUAACAGUCGUUGGUUUGUGCAAACAUCGAUUAUUUUGUUUUUGAACAAGAUUGAUCUGUUCAAGGAAAAGUUGCCACGGUCGCCUAUGGCCAAGUAUUUCCCCGACUUUACUGCUGGAGAAAACUAUGAAGCCGCAUGCGAUUACAUGCUCAACCGAUUUGUAUCUUUGAACCAGUCUGAAAAGAAGCAGAUUUACACACAUUUUACUUGCGCAACAGAUACAUCUCAAAUCAAGUUUGUCAUGGCGGCUGUUAAUGACAUUAUUAUCCAAAAUAAUCUGCGUGAUGUUGGAUUGAUGUAAAUCCACUUACAGAAAAGAAAGAAUUCAAACAAUUUGAACAUUCUAGUGCAUGAUUGCUGUCAUUGUGCGUUCAUAAUUGUUCCUAUCGUUUAAACUUUGAUCUUCCUUUUAUUACACUUCAGACUCUUUCUUUUUGGCAUUCACUGCUUUCGUUUCCUUCUGACGAUGCUUUGCCUUGGCUCAAUCUCUUGGUUACCUUGUUUGUUGUCUUACUCUGUUGGGCAAGCUUCGUUUAUAGCCAUUUUUAAAGGAAAGUUCCUGAGCAUUAAACCUCAAGUUUAAAUUUU